UUAAGACCAAAUUCAUCAGUUAAGACAAUGACUGCAUAUUUGACUAUUCAUUGCACAACAAGAAUAAGAGGAAUGAAGAUACCUUAUACAGUGUGGUUCUCCAAAUCCAAAACUACACUCCAUUCAAUUGCUGAAUUACUGAAGAACAAGACAUUUGAUAAUUGGACGAAUGAUGAUGCAAAGCAAAUGGAAAAAUUGAAGAAGAACAUUUUAACACAAUCUUAUUACAACAUCACCAUCACAACAGAUGCAGCAAGUUCGACUCAUAUUGAUCUGGAUGAAUUGAAUAUUUCAGAAAAACCAAUAGCAGAAGGAGCAAUGGGUCGGGUGUAUAUCGGGUAUUACAGGAGUGUCCCUGUCGCUGUAAAACAGUUUAGAUGGGAGAAUUUGGAUGAAGAGGAGAUGAAAGAGUUAAAGAAGAAUGUUAUUCAAGAGUGUGAGAUUAUGAGUAAAUUGAGGAAUCCGUUUAUUGCGAAUUACAUGGGGUCGGUGACAUAUAUCCAACAAGUAUCUAUGGUGAUUCAGUUCUUUGUCCUUGGAUCAUUGGGAGAGUAUUUACGUAAAGAAAAGGAGGAUUAUGUAGUUCUACCAUACAAGUUGAAGGUACGAAUGUUAUUUGAUACCGCAAGAGGUAUGCAAUUUUUACAUGAGAAUCGAAUUAUGCAUCUUGACUUAAAGCCUGAGAAUAUGUUAGUCAAUUCAUUCGACUUUAACAGCGCCUGCACUAUCAAAAUCACAGACUUUGGGACGUCAAGAUUCACUAAGAAAACGUUGAAGAAAAAUAAUGAAGACAAAGGUCUUGGUACACCUAUUUAUGCUGCACCUGAGACUUUUACAGAUGAAUAUACAUUUGCAGGUGAUGUCUAUUCAUUUGCUAUAACUGCUUGGGAAGUCUAUUACCAAGAAGAGCCUUAUAAGGAUUUCAAAUCUAUUUUUGAAAUUAAAAACCACGUCGAGAGUGGAAAACGACUCCCUUUAAAAGAUAAUAUGCCUUCUCUUUAUAAAACAAUGAUUGAUGAAUGUUGGAAACAAAAGCCUGAAGCCAGACCGAAUUUCGACAAUGUAACUAAGAUGAUUGUCAGAGUCGAUGAUGAUGUUGUAAAUCACACUCAUUUGGAUUGCGGAUUCGAACAAGACAAGAUCGAAGGACUUAUUGAAAAUAGAACUAACAGACUUAAGAAGCAACUCAGUGAAAAUAAUGCAGACUAA